AUUUGUCCUCUACUAUGUGGCUCAUCUGCCAGCAUGAGAAACGUCACAUUUGUCUCGAUAUGUCGAAUCGACGCGUUUCAAUCGGAGGUUUCUGGACCCGUAGUCGUGUUCUGGUCGGGGAGAUCUCCAGACUCCGCCACAUUUUUAACGGUAAACACCGGCCUGUUCUGGUUAGCUAGCCGCGGUGGAGACGACGCCUAUGUGGGAAACGUCGGCGAGAAUCCGUCGAAAAAACCUACAGGACCAAACCGUGUCGAGGCAUACAUAUUAAUCCCGAUUAGCAAAACAUAAAGACGACUCAAAGAGGCAAACCCUUUACUCCUGUCUCACUCCUCUUGAAACCCAAUAUCUCCAUUUGGCAACUUUUAAUUUGCUCCCCCCUCCUUCUCCUCCUCCUCCUUCUCCCUCUCCCACUCAUAUAUUUUUCUCGCUGUCCCUGUUCUGUCUCGGAUAGAUUUUUCUCUCCGCUCAAACUCUCUUCCCUCCCUGAAGGAAGGGAGGAAGGAGGUUGUGUGUGUUUUUUCCUUGAAAUUUUUAUCACAAAAUUAUAAUACACUCAAAGGGAAACUCACCGUCAUGAAAAAGCAGUGCCUUGUCAACGGGGUUUCCUCGCCAUCACCGCACGGGUAGUAGGGGUAGUGCACAGAACAAGGCAACCCAAAUCAUCAUUCCACACCGAGAGCAGGCGACCGUUAAAAUUUGAAUAGGAAAUCUUCAAACUGUAACGGUUCAUUAGUUAUGGCGCAAUUUAAAAUCGAUCUCGAUUUUAAUGCCACGCUUAACUGCCUUCAUAAUUUGCAGAUAAAUGUUAUUAUUUGAAUUAAUCAUUGCCAACGGUAGAGGGCGGGCCUCCGUAGAGUCUGUCACACCUUAACGUUUGUCAGGUAUCACCAUGGUUACAGUUUAGGAGCGCGAGCCUCAAGAGUGGUAAUCAAGAAGUCAUAUCACUUAUUUUGAAUUUAUGGGUAACAUAUUUCGCUCACUUUCAAAGUUUUAAGAAUAGUUUUUUAAUAUAGUUAAAGUCCUUCUUUGUAUCACUUUUCCAUUGAAAUCCCACCUUAUACUGUAUAAAAACAGACUAUUUAAUUUAGUUGAACAAACGUACAAUAAAUACAUUUUGAAGAAACAAUAACAAUGUGGUUGUCUUAUUCACUUUACCUUAUAUUUAUUUCAGACCAGUAAGCCAAUAUUAGCACAAACAGAAAGUUCAAUGUCGGGAGAACAGAAAUACAGAUAAAAUACAGUUCACACCCUCACAGUGAUCAAAAUGCAUCAAGAUGUUUCCAAAAACAAUAAUGCACCUUGUGUCAUGAAAUUUAUCUGCACUGCAUUAAAUUCAGGUUUAAUAUUAAAAACCAACUUAUUUCUUGCUCUUGUCCACACGUAUAGAAACUCCCUAAAUAGAACAACAUAACAAUAUGUGCUUUAAUUUACUUUCUCAAGGGUCAAGAGCAAGUCGUGUUCUCUUUGGGAAGACAGAGUUAUAUUUUCUUUUAGAUUUAGUUUAUCUGAAAGCUCAUUUGAAGUGUUUUAUGACUUUUUUGAAACAGACUGAAAUUAAUAUUGAUGCCUUUUUAAGAUGAACAAAAGCAACCAAGUGCAUAGUAUCCAUAUAUCAAAGUUCCUUUAUUAUGAUGGUUCUAAAUCAAGCUAUAAAUGGUCAAUUGUUGAGUAUGUUUUAAAAUAAGCUGUAAUGCACCUGUUUUUCUUUGAAGUAGCCUUAUAGUGGUUUUGUUUGACUUUAUGGUGAUAUGCGUGUGUGUGUGUGUGUUCUUUAUGUUUAUUUUAUGUCAUUUUAUUCAUUAUCUCUGUUCUUAGUCUUUUUCUUAAUUCCUGUCAUAGGUUUUUACUUUUUUUUACCCCUUUUACUUUUAAUAUUAUUUUCCAUCAGGUUUUACUCUUUCUUUUUGCAAUUUUUUAUCUUUUAUCUCCAGUGUUUCCCGAAGGUAGCUCUUUCCUCAUGUAAUGUCUCGGUGUCAGGCCAUGUCUCUAACAAUAUAUCUUAAAUUCAUACAGUGUGCGCUUGUGUGUGUAUAUGUGUGAGUGAAUGAGGGUGGGUGUGUGGGUCCAUGGGUGUGUGUGUGGGUGAGUGGGUCGGGUUUUAUUGUUGUUUAAGCCUCUGUGACGCACUUUAAACUGCAUUUUUUUGUCUGAAAAGUGCCACAAAAAUAAAGCUGAAUUUGAAGGCUUGUGCUACCCUGGUGGUCUCCAUUACAACAGGUGGCGCUGUGUCUCCACAACGUCGGCUCGUAAUACCAACGAACAAGAACGAAUAACGCCUUCACUUCCGCAACAUUUGACAGAGAGAAAAGCAUGGAUGCUGCUGCUGAAAUCAGCCAGGAAAGCGGGUUCACCGGCGAAAGCGGAGCCGCCAGGAUUCAAGAGCGUCUCCAAAAGCGGCACCAGGAGAGGAUAGAUGAUGCUGAGCGGAGGAAGGAAGCCAAAGAGUCUCGGUCUGUGGCGGAGGAAAAGGGGGACUACUUCUUCGGUACUUUUAACAAGGAGCGAGAAUCCAUCGAGGACAUACUGUCCAGCUGCUCUGGGGCUGACCGAGCUGUGUUAACCCAGAAAUUAGAAGAGGCGACGGCCAAACUACUCCAGCUGCAGAAGUUCCUGAGUGAUAGCACCAUGUUUCUGAAGCCCUACGACCUGAGACAAGCCCAGGCUGCUCUCCAGAAACUCCAGACCUCCCUCACUGAGACCAGAGAGGAGGGUCUGCCUAAGAAGAAGUUUGCUUUCAGAACUCGCACUAAAGCAAAAGAUAAAUCCUCAGCCCCGGAGGCAGACACAUCACCAGAUGCUGUCACACCUGCAGAGUCAGGUACCUCUGAGGUGGAUGGAUCUGCAGCAUCUGUGCAGUGUGGCAUAUCCAACAUGGACAACCAGUGUCUGACAAAGACAGCUGAGGAGAUCCAGAAACAAGAUGUGCUGUUGUCUCACCUGACGAACUGUAAAGUCCAUCUGUUUGGUGCACCGAGCACGCUGCACCUGAAGCACAUCGACAGCUGUGAGAUCUUGUGUGGUCCUGUUUCCAGCUCGGUUUUCAUUGACCAGUGUAAAAAUAGCACCCUCGCCUUCCCUUGUCAACAGCUGCGGACCCACAACACUACAGACACUCAGGUGUACCUGCACGUCACGAGUCGGGCCAUCAUAGAGGACUGUCGUGGGGUGAGCUUUGCACCAUUUUCCUGGUCUUAUCCCACACUGGAGGAGGACUUUGCUGUGUCAGGACUGGACCAGAACCUGAACAACUGGAGCCAAGUGGAUGACUUCAACUGGCUUGCUGCGGGGACACCUUCGCCAAACUGGACUGUGAUCCCAGAAGGAGACAGGAGAACCAGCUGGGACCCCUAGAGAAAGACUCUUACCCAUGACAUUAAUGUAUAAGCCUUAACUCACACACACAUAGUCCUGUCUGUGUUACACUACAAUCCUCUGAUUGUCUGAUUGUUUCUGCGGCUGCAAUCAUCCACCCUGCUUAAGGACAUGAUUAACACUGCACUCCUGUAUUUAAAGAAUGUAACAGUUUGGCCAACUAAAUCCUAGAGGCUGUGUGCAUGAAACUUGUGCUUUAAUUAUGGCUUAUGUUUUUUUGCACACACUCAGCAGCAGAGCAAAUAUAAAUCCCUGAAAACUUGCAGUAAAAGGCCAAAUCAAAACAAAAAUGCCAUCAUGUCCAUGUAUGACUGAGCACUUAUGCUUCUAUGAUAUUUGAAAAAUAAAAUAAAAAUGUUUUUGACCCAUUAUUAUGUAUUACAAGACUAUUUUAUUAGACUACAUAAAGUAAUGAAAAUGUACCUGAUAAACUGAGCUUGGUUGUGAUGUAAAAUCUGUUUCAUUUUGAUAAGGUUUCUGAUAAAAUGCAUCAACUCUAGC